CUCUCUCUCUCUGCAGUGUGUUGCUUUGUGGUGCACAAGCGUUGCCAUGAAUUUGUCACCUUCCAGUGCCCCGGCGCAGAUAAGGGGCCUGCCUCAGAUGACCCACGCAGCAAGCACAAGUUUAAGGUGCACACGUACUCCAGCCCCACCUUCUGCGACCACUGUGGCUCCCUCCUGUACGGGCUCCUCCAUCAGGGCAUGCGAUGUGAACACUGCUUCAUGAACAUCCAUAAGCGCUGUGUCCAGAAUGUGCCGAGCCUCUGCGGGACGGACCACACCGAGCGGAGAGGCCGCAUGCAGAUCACAGCAGAGAUCAAGAGCAACGUGCUCACCGUCAGCAUUAAAGAGGGAAGGAACCUGGUGCCCAUGGACCCCAACGGCCUGUCUGACCCCUACGUCAAGCUCAAGCUCAUCCCUGACCCCAAGAGCGAGAGCAAACAGAAGACCAAGACCAUCAAGUGCAACCUCAACCCCAUAUGGAACGAGACCUUCAACUUCAAUCUGAAGGAGUCAGACAAGGACCGCCGGCUAUCUGUGGAGAUAUGGGACUGGGACCUGACCAGCCGCAACGACUUCAUGGGCUCCCUGUCCUUUGGAAUCUCUGAGCUGCAGAAGCAAGGGGUGGAUGGCUGGUUUAAGCUGCUCAGUCAAGAGGAGGGCGAGUACUUUAAUGUGCCAGUCCCUCCAGAGGGUGAAGAGGGGAAUGAGGAGCUCCGGCAGAAGUUUGAGAGGGCCAAAGUGGGGCCGGGCACCAAGAAAACUGAUGGAACCUCUCCUAAUGCCAUCUCCAAAUUCGACAGCAAUGGCAACCGCGACCGCAUGAAGCUCUCUGAUUUCAACUUCCUCAUGGUGCUUGGCAAAGGCAGCUUUGGGAAGGUGAUGCUGGCGGAGCGCAAGGGCACAGAGGAGCUGUACGCCAUCAAGAUCCUGAAGAAGGACGUGGUGAUCCAGGACGAUGACGUGGAGUGCACCAUGGUGGAGAAGAGGGUGCUGGCUCUGGCGGGGAAGCCCCCCUUCCUCACCCAGCUCCACUCCUGCUUCCAGACUAUGGACCGACUCUACUUUGUCAUGGAGUACAUCAAUGGAGGAGAUCUAAUGUACCAGAUCCAACAGGUGGGCAAGUUCAAGGAGCCCCAUGCUGUCUUCUACUCUGCUGAGAUUGCCAUCGGCCUCUUCUUCCUGCACCUGAAGGGCAUCAUUUACAGGGAUCUGAAGCUAGAUAAUGUCAUGCUGGACGCUGAAGGCCACAUCAAGAUUGCUGACUUUGGCAUGUGCAAGGAGAACAUGUUAGACGGCGUGACCACCAAGACCUUCUGCGGGACCCCCGACUACAUUGCCCCCGAGAUCAUCGCCUACCAGCCAUACGGGAAGUCAGUGGACUGGUGGGCCUUUGGCGUGCUGCUCUACGAGAUGCUGGCUGGGCAGCCUCCGUUCGACGGCGAAGAUGAAGACGAGCUCUUCCAGUCCAUCAUGGAACAGCACGUGUCCUACCCUAAGUCCAUGUCCAAGGAGGCAGUGGCCAUCUGCAAAGGGCUGAUGACCAAGCACCCUGGUAAGCGUCUGGGCUGCGGUCCCGAGGGGGAGAGGGACAUCCGUGAGCACGCCUUCUUCCGCUACAUGGACUGGGAGAAGCUGGAGAACAAAGAGGUCCAGCCGCCAUUCAAACCCAAAGCCUGCGGCCGGGACGCGGAGAACUUUGACCGCUUUUUCACCCGUCACCCUCCGGUCCUCACCCCGCCCGACCAGGAGGUCAUCAUGAACCUCGACCAGGACGAGUUCGAGGGCUUUUCCUUCAUAAACCCAGAGUUCGCUUCUGUGGUGGCCGAGAGUUAAGGGCCAUCCACGCCCUCCUUCUCCUCCUCCUCCUCCUCCUCCUCCUCCUCCUCCUCCUCCUCCUCCUCCUCAUCCUCCUCAUCAUCCUCAACCUCAUUCACCCACCCACCCACCCCACGACCACACGAUGCAUUCCUCCAACGCAAAACAGCACCUCCAUCUAUUUAUAUACUUGCGGCAAGCGCCGUUGAAGUAUAUAAAUCACCAUCAACUGCUUCACCUUCAUGGGAAAACAAAGAUAUACCCUCCAUGAUGAUGUCGGCACAUGUGAUAUUUGUGUAUUAUCCAAGAGCUUGGUACCAGUGUAUCAGCAUACCAUCUCCUCAUGAUUGUAUUGAUUAGAUACAAAUUGCUGGCUCCACUCGGCACAUAAAUAACGCCUAUAGCACACAAGGUUCAUCCCAUGACUUCGUACUCUGUGACCAGUUAACCAUGUGGACAGGUCGUGCUAUAGCAGAUCUAUGUUCAUCUCCCGAUGAUCGUCAUAGGAUAACCACUCUAUUUAUACUCUACCAUGCACCAGUAUCUACAAGAUGUGUAUAGUGUUGUGUUUUUUUUUUUUUUUUUUUUUUUUUUUCACGUGAUUUUUAAACCCUUCCUGUUUUAGGUGCAAAUAGACCAUUUAUUUUACUACUUUGUUUUGCAUGGUUUCCCCAUUUUAACCCUCCGAAUAGCAAAUCUAGCUUAGAUGCUGUAGUUGAUGUAGACUGAAAGGGUAUUCCUGUUUCUCGUCAUAUCCUGAGUACACUGCAGAUGAUACGAAUAUAGCUGUUUCUUUCUUCCUUUUUUUGAAUAAGCAUGAGUAAAAGCUAUGUUUACAGGAUGCAUCUAUCCAGCUGUAUGUGGAUGUGUGUGUGUGUGUGCGUGUGUGUCUUGGUGUGUCGAGAGUGUGUGUGUGUGUAUGUGUGUGUAAGUGAAUGUGUGUUUAGGCAGUGUCUUGCAGUGCUUGCGUGGGUGUGCCUCUUGUGGUGUGGUGAUCUGCUUCCUCUGCUUGUGCGUAGCGACACCAUCAGCCAAUAUGCCCCCUUCUCCCCUAAGCUUUCUUCUGAACCCCCGCCCGCCCCCCAGCCCCUUACCCCUCCAGCGCCUCUUUUAUUUUGUAUGGGCAAACACCUGUGCGCAUGUUUUCGAGGUGCACGACAGACAUAUUCAACAUCAGCUACCUCCUCUUCAAGAGCACAGCAGACCGCACGGAUAGAUGGAUGAGAAAAGGUAGCAAACGAAUACAGGCAGAAGAAAUAGAAACAGCAGAUUCUGAUUAAAGGUCAAACUGCAAGCCUAGCCUGGCUUAUAAACCCCCUCCCUUCCCCCCCAACCAUCCUCCUGUCCAGGUCCUCCAAAUACGUGAGCGUGGCGACUUCCUGCGAUUGGAUAAGAAAUUGUUUCUGUGUUCCCCAUUAGUUGGCAUUCUGGCUCCGUCUGUGAGUGUAGGGCUCCGUCUGGCCGAUAAGCUUUUAUCUGCACUCACCAUGCCGAGGCUCCUACAGCGCCGGGGCUCUCACUCCUCAGUUACCGGCGCGCUCGGAAAAGACUGCUGCUGGAAACCAUAGAGGUCAGAAGACUAGACCACAGCAGCGUCCCUAGGUGUAGCGAUGUCGUUUGGCGAGUCGACCUAAAUCUAUGACGUCUAGGAGCAGCUAGUCAGAUGGCCUUACUUAAAUUUGAAUUAUUUUGCUAAAAUUCUAAGUCGUAACCCCCAGUCGUGUAUUUGGAGUAUGAUCCACUAUCAGUGUGGUGAAAACAAUAUCAUAUGCAGAGGUUUGGCAAUGAAGCUAUGGUGUGAUGUGGGCAGUCACUGGUCCUGCACCGUCAUCACUGCUAAGGCAGGCAAACACUGCUCACUGCUCUUGAGUCGAGCAACAUGAGGCUUAAAUGUGUGUGUGGCCCGCGCUCGUCGUGCUUUUGUGUUAGUAAGCCCAACUACACUGUGGUGGACAGCUUAGAGUAGUACAUGGACAGCUUAGAGUAGUACAUGGACGGCUAAGAGUAGUACAUGGACGGCUAAAAGUAGUACACGGACGACUUAGAGUAGUACAUGGACGGUUCGGUUGCUUUAGCUUUGCCUACACUAGCAAUAACAGGUACCUGCAACCCAUGACAACUGCACCAGGUAUAACUGGAAAGAUCCACGAACAGUGCAGCAUCUGGUCCUUCGAGAUCUCAAUCUCCAGAGUAACGAUACUUUAUCCAUCUCUGAUAUGUUACAUUGGUCGUGGCGCUGCAGUCCUUUUUCGGGAAAAUAGGGGCCAGACGGAACGUGGCGUAGUGCUUUAGCGUUUUUUUUUUUUCUCCUAACCGGUCGGUGGCCAAUGGUUUUUACUGGAGAUAACGUAAUUGGUGCUUCAUAUCUUAAGUUCAGUGUGGAUGUUCAGGGAAGUGUCUCAAGAAACGGCUUUGCACAAGAAGAGGUCUUCAGUGAGUGUGUGCAUAGCAAGGUCAUGAGAGGAAGAGUUUAGUCUAGACUGUAACAGUGCAAGAGAAGGUUAACUCUUGUUGGUUUUUUUGUGUUACAAGCAUCUCUCAUCUCUGCCAAAAAAAACAGUGUGUAGUUUAUACUAGGGCUUUGAUAUUUUUUGUAAAUGUCUGAAAAACAACAAAAUACCUAUAUAAAAUUGUGUCAAAUGUUGGUAAUUCCGUGUAUUCAUUGUGGUCAAUAUUGAAAAAAAUGUUAAUAGGUGGUAUGUGUUUUCUAUACCAGUUAUGCAUUCUGAGAUGCACGUAGACAAAUGGAAAAGCUUUGUGCAUGAAUUACUAACAAAAACUUGAGGUUCCAUAAUUCAGUAUGUUUGACUUACUAGUGCUUCGAUGAGCUCUCCAGGCUAUAAUGUGUGCUUUGUAUUAUAUAUCUCAAAAUGCUUUUCAUGUGCCAAAGUAUUUUCCAGAAAAAAAUAUAUACAUCAAAAUAAAAACUAAACACAAA